AUGUCCCACGUCCCACCAACCCAGUCCAUUCCCAAACCAGAGGAACCUAAAGAACCACAACAGUCCCCUCAGCAACCUCAGUUCCAGCAAGUACCUCCACCAAAUUACUACCAAUUUCCACCUCAAGGUUACUACCCACCACAAGGCUUCCCGAACUACCCUCCUCAGCCUAUGCCUUACUUCCCCAACCCUUGGAUGUUCCAGCAAUUCCAAUCUCAAUCCAAAUCGAAGAGAGACCAAGAGUUCGAAGAAGGUCUGAACCGCUUACGCAAAGAGUACGCUACAGCUCCAAUUGAGAGAAAGUUGUUCCCGGACCAAAAAAUAUAA